AUGGCCAACGUAAACAGUGCCUCAGAUGUAACAGAAUUGAGAGCCAGCGCCUCGGUUACUCCAGUACGCGUUAAUGUAAGUCUACCGGAAAAUCAAUCCAUUACCAACAAAGUCCCAUCCUUGCCCCCGCUACCACCUCGUAGCCUUUUCAAAUUUGUGCCCUCUCCACGUCUGCCCACGAACGUAGGAGGUCCAGCGCUUUAUUGUAUGUCGAAAUACGGCGAAUACGGAAUUAGGAUGCAAGAAUGGUUGUUUACGACAAGACCUUUGAGUGAAAUUUUCAUUGGUGCUGACAAGCGUUUCUCUGUCGAAUGGCUGCGUAUAAGCGCCAGUGGGAAGGUAAAAAUCCAAUUUUACUGGCCUGGCUAUGGAUUCUUUGAUGCAUGGACGCUCGAGGUUAACAUGCUGCAAAAGCAGCCGUCGGGUAGAAUUGAGAUGAUUAUGCAGGGCGACUUGGCAAUUACCAUACAAGCCGACGAGGAUUCCAGGGGAUCACACCCCUUGGGAUGGGAUGCACAGCUUGCUUCCAUCUCUGAUGAGUGGAGACUCGAUGGCGGCUUCGGCUUGAACUUCUCCCAUGUAAACUUGGUUUCUAUCCGACACGUCAAUGGGCCCGUUUUCAAUGCCCAUUUCGCUGUACUUCAAAGCGACAUCAUCAAAGAAUACAAUCUUUAA